UCUUAAUAAUAUUUUUUAAAUUAUACUUACUCUUUCACCCCUCCCUUUCCCUCUCCCCCCCCCCCAUUACGGCAGUCGCAUCCUCCACGCAGGCAUCCAUCACCACCCACCCCACGGAGGCAGCCUGCCUCCUGCCCCGGGUGCUGACCCGGACCUGCCUCUGCCACCCGCCUGGUGUACAGAGGGACACGCUGACUUCGGGGUUCCUCCCCCACCCUUCCGAGACCGCAUUCCACCCACCCAGGGGUUUUCUUUCUUAAGAAAAGCCACCCCAUCUCCCAAAACCCACCAGCGGCGCCAAAAGCCACCUCCCCGAGCAGCACCACCCACCCCCCCAGAGAGGGCCGCUCGCUCCUGGUCAGGGGUGGGUGGGAGGGGAGGCCCGAGGCCAUGGAGGUGGCCACGGACCAGCCUCGCUGGAUGGCCCACCACGCCGUGCUCAACGGGCAGCAUCCCGAGAGCCACCAUCCCGGACUGGCUCACAACUACAUGGAACCAGCGCAGCUCCUACCUCCAGAUGAAGUCGAUGUCUUCUUCAAUCACCUGGACUCCCAGGGCAACCCUUACUACGCCAAUUCUGCCCAUGCCCGGGCCAGGGUCUCCUACAGCCAGGCACACGCCCGCCUGACCGGGAGUCAAAUGUGUCGGCCUCAUCUUAUCCAUAGCCCCGGAAUCCCUUGGCUGGACAGCAGCAAGGCGGCACUGUCUGCCCAUCACCACAACCCCUGGACCGUCAACCCCUUCACCAAGACUCCCCUGCACCCCUCGGCGGCCGGAGCACCUGGGGCUAUCUCGGUGUACCCAGGCAGCAGCACCUCCAGCACCGCCUCCGUCUCAUCACUCACCCCGGCCUCUCACUCCGGCUCCCACCUCUUCGGCUUCCCCCCGACCCCUCCCAAGGAAGUAUCCCCGGACCCCAACUCCACCAGCGCUGCCUCCCCUUCCUCCUCUGCCGGGGCCCGGCAGGAGGACAAAGACAGCAUCAAAUACCAAGUGUCGCUGUCGGACGGGAUGAAGAUGGAGAGCGCCAGCCCGCUCAGGAGCAGCCUCACCAGCAUGGGUGCCCAACCAUCCACCCACCACCCCAUCCCCACGUACCCUUCCUAUGUGCCGGCUGCCCACGACUACAGCAGCAGCCUCUUUCACCCCGGCAGCUUCCUGGGGGGGCCCGCAUCCAGCUUCACCCCCAAGCCGCGGAGCAAGGCCAGGUCCUGUUCGGAAAGAAAUCCGGUUUCUUCGUGUUUCCAUUUAGAAGGCAGAGAGUGUGUGAACUGUGGAGCAACUGCUACCCCUCUCUGGAGAAGAGACGGCACCGGGCAUUACCUGUGUAACGCCUGCGGGCUCUACCACAAAAUGAACGGUCAAAACCGACCUCUCAUUAAACCCAAACGAAGGCUGUCAGCGGCUAGGAGAGCAGGGACUUGUUGUGCCAACUGUCAGACAACCACCACGACCUUAUGGCGACGCAAUGCAAACGGGGACCCAGUUUGUAAUGCCUGUGGACUCUACUAUAAAUUGCACAAUGUGAACAGGCCUCUGACCAUGAAAAAGGAAGGAAUUCAGACCAGGAAUAGGAAAAUGUCCAACAAAUCAAAGAAAAGCAAGAAAGGCUCCGAGUGUUUUGAGGAACUGUCCAAGUGCAUGCAGGAGAAAUCCUCUCCCUUCAGCGCUGCUGCCCUUGCUACUCACAUGGCACCCAUGGGGCAUUUGCCACCUUUCAGCCACUCUGGACACAUCCUACCAACACCUACCCCCAUCCACCCAUCUUCCAGCAUCUCAUUUGGACAUCCACACCCAUCCAGCAUGGUUACAGCCAUGGGAUAAAACCUGAUGACCAAGAGACCCACCCAAGAGAUUAAGAACAUGGGGUUUUGCCUAAGACAACACCAAGUAAGAAUAUAUUCUGCCUAGAGGAGAACGUAGGGAUGGCAAAAGGGAAUCUUUCCUCCCAUGUGAUGUAACUCUUAAUGCUGGACUAAAACCUUGCAAAUAAUGGGUCUUCUGCAGAAAUGUGUAGUGGUGCCUGUAAUGCACUUUGCCCCCUCAGGUAUAAGAAAAAGAACUCACCUGUUCGAUACUUAAUGUUCCAGCAGGAAGCAAAAGGUGGCAGAAGCUGAAGGAAAAGGCUUGGAACUGGCUUUCCUUUUUCUCUCUUUGUGAUUACUGUGAAUACUGUAAAGAGAUAUAAGCAGCCUCCCAGGAUGCAGCCGGCUCACUGGAAGCCAGACAUGCUGGAUUUCUAUCAUGGACAUUGUUUGGG